CGCGCGCGUGCUGUCCGUGGUGCUGAAGCUGCGCGUGCCAACCACAGGAGCAUCCUUCCGCGAGAUCAGAAGGAGGAAUUCAGUUUUCGACGGUUGUACCGUUUAGGGAUGUUUCCUCAUGCUUCCUCUGGAUGUUUUUGAAAGCUUUAAUUAUUUGAACAACAAGUAAAAUUCCACAGACGUGUCUGGAGACCUUUUAUUUCCUUUGGUUUUAUCGACGCUUCCUUACAGUUUGGUACCGCCGCCUGCCUCCGCCGAUACCGCAUCCUUUAUGCACAGCACGCUGCUCCGGUCCUCCCAGACGAAACACACAGAGCACAAUGGUCCGCUCCAGCUGCCUUCACUGAGGGACAUGGAAGCUAAACAACACCCGAUAAAAAGCCUAAAGAGCUUCCCGGAGACUGGCGGCCGCAGCCUCUCAGCGGCUGCCGGUGGAGGGGGAGGAGUAGACGGAGGGUUUCGAGCCGGCUCUGCCGAAAUGGAGAUGGAGCUCAAGAUCCAGAAAGCUAUCGACUUCAAGACAGAGGGUCAUCGAUGCUAUAAGGAGAAGAAAUUCCGGGAGGCGAUAGGCAAGUACCACCGCGCUCUGCUCCAGCUCAAAGGCGUUCAUGUUGUUGACGGCACGACGAGCUCCGAGGUCAGCCUGCUGAGUCAAGCUGCGGCCAAGCUGACCGAGGAGCAGCGGAGAGCCGUGGAGAGCACCGAGAUCGAGUGCUACGACAGCCUGACAGCCUGUCUUCUACAAUCUGAGUUGGUAAACUACGAGAGGGUGAAGGAGUACUGUCUGAAGGUGCUUAGCCACCAGAGAGACCACUUUAAGGCCAUGUACCGGGCCGGUAUCGCCUUCUAUCACCUGGGCGAUUAUGAAUGUGCAUUACGCUAUCUGCGGGAUGCUAAGAACCGCGAACCUACAGACACCAACGUGCUGAGGUACAUCCAGCUGACAGAGAUGAAGAUGAGCAAGAGUGGACAGCGAGAACGAGAGUGCGGCAAAGAGACCUAGGGCUUACCUUUUUUUAAACUUCGGACCCCUUUUUACCUUCGACCCUUUUGGCAAGUCUUCUCUGACCCUUCCCCCCCCCUUUCUUCUGACAGCAGCACAGACAGAACAGACCCAAUCACCCAGCUGGUGACACAAACGGGGCACAUAUCAAGCAACGUCUACUAGUUUCUCCUCUUUUCUCCCUCCAGUUUCUCCCUCAGGGGCUUUGGUUUUCUUCCCUCGACACAAUCAGUUGCCUAACAUGAAGAAAA